AUGGAUGGCGCCGCCUACGCCCGCUGCGUGGCGCUGAAGGACGGCGAGGCGCGGCGAGGAGAGUGCGAGCGCGAGUUCGGCGUGUUCCGCCAGUGUCUGCAGGACGCGCCAAUAUGGACGUCACACCACGUGGCGGCCGCCUUUUUUAUCCGGCUGGCGUUCAUUGCGUAUGGUGAAUACCAGGAUCGCGUCAUGCUCGUGCCGUACACGGACGUGGACUACCACGUGUUCACCGAUGCGGCGCAGUACGUGGCGCUCGGACAGAGUCCGUACCGACGCGCCACCUACCGCUACACGCCGCUGCUUGCUUGGACGCUGCUGCCCACCACCAUCUGUCGGAGCUUCGGCAAACUUCUGUUUUCGGCGCUGGACGUGGUCGUGGGCGUGCUGAUCCAUCGGCUGGUGCUGCUGGAGGGGCACGGCCGGCGCGUGGCCGUGUGCUGCGCCGCCCUCUGGUGGUACAACCCGCUGCCAAUCACCGUCUGCUCACGCGGCAACGCCGAGUCGCUGGUGCUGUGUUUGGUGCUGUACACGCUGUAUCUUGCGCGGCGCCGCCUCCUGCUGCUGGCCGGCGCCGCGCUGGGUCUGGCCGUGCACGUCAAGCUAUACCCGGCUGUGCUGGCGCCGGCGCUCUACUGGUCGCUGGCCGACGGGCCCGGCCUGCGGCGCUGGCUGCUGCCCAACGGCGCUCGCCUCCGGCUGGCCGGUGGCGCGCUGGUGACGUUCGCGGCGCUAACAACCGGCUGCUGGCUGCUCUAUGGCGACGAGUUCCUGCAGGAGGCAUACUUGUACCACCUGACCCGGCGUGACGUGCGGCACAACUUCUCCGUCUUCUUCUACCUGCUGUACCUGACGGACGAGCUAGGCCACUGGGCGCUGGCGCUGGUCACGUUUGUGCCGCAGGUGUUGCUGGUGCUCGCGCUGGCGGCCAAGUUCCACCGGCCGCGCCACCUGCUCUUCUGCGCCUUCUGCCAGACGUACGCCUUCGUCACGUUCAACAAGGUGUGCACGUCGCAGUACUUUCUGUGGUACCUGAGCCUGCUUCCGCCGGUGCUGCCGCGCCUGUCUGCCUCGUGGGCUGAGGGUGCGCUGCUGCUUGCGCUCUGGUAUUUCGCGCAGGCGUGCUGGCUACUGCCGGCCUACCUGCUAGAGUUCGAGGGCCGCAGCGUGCACCGACUCGUCUGGGCCGAGAGCGUCGCCUUCUUCUGCGCCAACGUCGGCAUCCUGGCGCGUCUGGUGCGCAAGUACGACGUCGCAGCGCCGGCGUCGCCGUCCGGUCGGGAGCCGGGGACGAAGGCGCGGCCGGCCGUCGGGCGGGACGGCUCUCCGCGGCGGGAGGGGGCAGCUCCCCUCGAGGCGGCGCGGCAGAGGAAGAGGGCGGGCCGCGCUCGCCGCCCGCCGGAGUAGGGCGUGGUGCCGCCGAAGAGCGAAGAUUAGUGCGCCUCGCCUGUGGCUGGGGAGCGCGGCUAUGGUGGCAGAGCGGUGGCGCCGCGUAGAGACGACCGAGGGGACAGCGCUGGCCACUAGUCAAGGCUACUUCUCGCCAUGCUGGUACCCUGCAGGGGACGUGUGCCGAUCGAUUUGCCCCUUUCCAUCUCCCACACCCAUCCCCACCCCGCAUAACGCGGUAUGGUGUUGUGACUAGAAUCGUGUUGUCGCUAAAAUGGGAUAGGUAAGGCUUGUCUUCCAGGUAAACUGGGAGGUCGGUGCGCAUUGGCUCGUGGUCGUCCCUAGUUGUAUGCCAAACGAGUGUCGGCUAAUUUUCACGGCUAGGCUCCUUUAGGCUCGAGGUGUUGUCAGUCGUGUGAAUGUGUCCUCCGAUAGUCCAUUAGUCUGUAUCGUGAGCAGAAUACAAGGAAUGAAUGCAA